GAAAUUUGGGGUCAGCACCAACAUAGCUAUAUGAACAAAUUUUCCAUGUCGUUAUACUACAACUAUUUUUUUUUUCUGUCAAUCAGAGACAGAUCGAAGCAUAAAUUUCUAUACAUUUUUAUUUUUCCUUAACUUCAACACAUUAAAUUACUUAGAUAUAAACUUCUAAUUUUAACACAAGUACACAAAUUUAAGGAUAAUAGCGAAGUUGGUUUAACCGACACAUGACAACGACUGUGAGUCAUUUCAUCGAAUUCCAUAUGGAUAAAAGUAUAAAGUUGCCUGAAAAUUUUUUUUCUGAAGAGAAAUGGGAAGCAACCCUUAAUUGUCCAACAGAUGUCGCUAUUUGUUGCCAGGCGGUGUAGCAGGAAAGUCUUUUAAUUUUCCCCCAACAUCUUCCAAGAUAUUAAAUCAAUUUCUAAAUGUUUCCACUUUUGAUUUCUCUGAUCGUUUUAUAACAAUGUAUAUUUCCGAAAUAUUUAUUACAACAACUCGAGGAGAUAUCCUUAUUCACAAAAAAUACAGAUUUGAUCUGGAUUUUGACCCUAAAGUCAUCUUCCUCAAGAAACUUCGUGCAGUUGGAAACGAACAUUUAUUACCCCAUUUUAAAGAAGAUGAUGUCACAUUUUGCCACAUCAAGCGAAACGGACUUUUUAUCAUGGCUGUAACGACCUGUAACAUGUCUCCUAUCUUUCUUGUGGAGUUCCUUACCAGGUUCUUCCUGAUCUGCAAAGAUUUCUGUGGAGUUGUCAGUGAAGAUGCUAUUCGAGCUAAUGUUCUCCUGAUUUAUGAAAUAUUGAAUGAAAUUUUGGAAUUUGGAUACAUCCAGUUAGCCACAACGGACAAGAUUAAACCAUAUAUCCAGUCAGAUCCAGUCCUUGUUUUAGCUAACAGAUCUCCUGCAGAAGAAAUUGCAUCAAGAUUGUUUUUCACUCUGUUUCAGUUUGGAAUAGAAACCAGAGUGGCUCCAAGCUCUGCUUCAAGUAAACCUGUUGUUAGAACAGCUGUGGAACAGGAAAACCGAAAAAAUGAAAUUUUUGUGGAUGUAAUUGAGAAAAUGAUUGUUGUCAUUACAAAUGAUGGGCUUGUGUCUCGUAUGGAUGUCACAGGAAAUAUAAAUGUAAAGAGUUUUUUAAGUGGUAAUCCAGUAAUUAAAUUAGCUGUUAAUGAGGACCUCACACUUGCUGAACAGGGGAAGCCAAAAGAUUUCAACAGCCAUGUAACUAUGGAGCAGUGCAGUUUUCAUCAAUGUGUUCGCAAAGAAGAAUUUAAUACUUCCCGAUGUCUUAUACUCAAUCCUCCCAUUGGUGAGUUUUCUGCUAUGACGUACAGACUGGCAUCAGAUCCUCCUUUAAAGCCACCAUUUAGAUUACAAGUACAGGAAAAGGAUUUUGACUCUCCUUCCAGGGACACCUGUUUGUCACUCCAGUUACUUAGUCACAUCCCAGAAAACACGGAAGCUGUAAAUAUUGUGUUAAGAAUUCCUGUGCCAGGAACAGUUUCUGGGAUUAGCCAACAGCUAAUUGGACCUGAUCAAACUAUAGAGUUAAAAGCCUCUAAUAAACAAAUUGUAUGGAAUAUAAAAAAGUUUCCUGGUGGCUCUCAUUUAAAUGCCAAUCUCAGAUUGAUCAGCAACAGUGGUGUGAAAACUCGUUUGAAAGAUAUCGGACACAUUGUCAUGGAGUUCGAGGCAUCAGGUUACACUUGCUCCGGCAUCCAGAUUCGCUAUUUGCGUGUUUUUGAUCGAGACCAAGCUUAUGUGCCGUACCGCUGGAUUCGAUACAUAACAGUCAGCGAUUCAUAUGUUUUUAAACUGUAAUUGUUGUGGGUCACUGACGCAGAUGUUUAUUUCCUCAGAAAGUUUACCUGGAUUUUAAGAGAUGAACAAUUACACUUUCAUUGUCUUUCAUUGAUGCAAGAUUUCUUUUAGAUUAUUGCUCUCGUAGCAACGGUUUAAGUUGCCACUUGUUUUUUUUUUGUUUGUUUUUUUGUAACACUGUCUACCAUGGUUCAGUGAGAAGGUCGCUGCUUCUUACUUGCAAUGUCCACAAAAUUAAAACAAAUUUUGCUUUUACUCUGUAAGGCCUGGCUACAGUUAAAGGAAGUCUUGUCAGCAGGAAUCUAAGUAAUUAAGUCUAAGGCUUCAGUAAUGCAACACCAGUGCUAAUAAUUAAUGACUAAUGGUAAGGUGGCAAGCUGGCUGAAUCGUUAGCAUGCUGGGCAAAAUGCUUUGAGUUCAAAUUCCACUGAGGUUGAAUUUGCCUUUUAUCCUUUCGAGGUCGAUAAAACAAGUACCAGUUAUGCACUGGGGUCGAUGUAAUCAACUUAUCACCUUCCCAGAAUUGCUGGCCUUGUGCCAAAAUUUGAAAUCAAUAAUUAACAAGUAAUAGUGACUAUCUUAAGAGAAUCGAAGACCAAAGUUCUAAAAAUUGCCCUUCCUCAUUAGGACCAGAAAAUACACCAGAGCUGGACAUUUGUUGAUUCUCUACAAAACUCAGGUGAGACCCCUAAUGAAAUAUUGCUCCUACAUUUGGAAUGGUGUUGUUAUUACACCAAAAAAGAACCAAGGUUGUAUCCAUAAAAAAGCCAUCUGUCUGAUGGUUUAGUUUUCAGUCCAAGCACUAGUUCACUCGUUGCUUCUACUGCUUACACAAUCAUUUCAAUUCUUCAGAAUUGGUUAAUUGCAUAUCACCUGUCACUCAUUCUGUCUUGUGUGGACCAUUUUCCCCACUUCCAAUUGGAGUUGAUUGACAGGGAUUUAACCCUUUAGCAUUUAAACCACUCAUAACUAGCCCAAAUAUUCUAUUUGUUUUUAUGUUUAAACCAGCAAGAACUGGCCUCUCACACUUACCCUACAAUGUCAUUCAAAAACAAAAUAUAAUCACAUCGUUGAAAUCUCGAGGCUAUGAGAUUAUGCUGGAUUAAUUCAAAACAAAUGUGAAUAAAUAAACAUUACAUUUGACUAAGUAAUCUGAACGCUAAAGAAUUAAGCUGACCAUUAACCGGCGUUUAACCCUUUAGCAUUUCAACUGACCAUAACUGGCCCAAACAUUCUAUUUGUUUUAUGUUUAAAACAGCCUCUCACAUCCACCCUUCGUUGUCAUUCAGAAAAAAUAUAAUCACAUUGCUGAAAUCUCAAAGUUAUGAGAUUUUGCUGGAUUAAUUCAAAACAAUGUCAAUAAAAAGGCGUUUCAUCAGACAAACUAAUCUGAAUGCUAAAGGCUAAAGGCUGACCAUCAGCCACUGUCCCUUUCUCUCAACAGAAACCAUAAACAACAAUUUGAAAAGUUAUGUAAUACUAUUUAGUAUAACAAGUAUUUUUAAAGUAUUGUCUUCAAAAUACUAUUUUCUGGUCAUUCGGUUAUUCAGUAAUAUAACAAGAAGAAAUGAUGUCUUAAAUGUAAUUAUGCCAAUAAUAAUAAUAAUAAUAAUAUAUGGAUAUUAUUGCAAGGUGUUUAAAUUGUUAAACAGUUUCUUUUAUAUCAGGAACUAAGCAUAUUUCUGAAUUCUACAGAAACAAAUGAAAUAAAGAUAUAUUUUGCACAAAGA